AUGUUUAUCAUGGACAAAGUUAUCAGCAAUACGAUGCACAGCUCGAAGACACGAAGCAGUAUCAAAAAUAAAAAAAUUGGUUAUCAAUAUCAAUAUGAUGAUCAGUAUAAAAAUGAACAAAAUUUUCAGCAGACAGAACAUAAUCAACAGUUCCAUCAACAAAACGAACAAAAAGAUUAUCAAAUAUCACAAGAUAUACAACGUAAUCAACAAACAUAUUUUAACGAACAUCAGUCAUACCAACAAGAAUCAUCGUAUCAGCAAGACAAACAUCAACAAGAUGAGUAUCACCAAGACAGUCAAUAUCGUCAAGAACAACAUUAUCAAGAUUCACAGUAUCAACAUCAUGAUCAGAAUAAACAAUUCCAACAGCAUGAAAAUCGUCAAGAAUAUUAUGAUAAACAGCAACAAGAUUACAUGGAACAACAACAGCAGCAACAUUACGAAGAACAAAAGCAGCAACAACAAGCAUUACAAUAUCAGCAACAUCAACAACAGCAACAACUACAGUCCCUACAACAACAACAGCAGCAGCAACAGCAGCAACGACAACAAAAAAUUCCAACACAACAGCUUCAUUCAACCGUUUUAACGGGAGCAGCAACUUUGGGAUCCUUGGUUGCUGGUGGGGCUAAGAGAUUAGGAAGUUUCUUUGGUGCCGCUGCAGCAGCAGUUGGAGCUCCAGCUGCAUCCCAACUUCCACCACAAUCUCAGCUUCAACCACAACUACAACCUCAACUACAACCUCAACUACAGCCUCAACUACAACCUCAACUACAUCAACAAUUACCAGCUCAAAUAUCUGCACCAAUAUCAACCGCUCCUAGUUCACAAUUCCAAUCUAGUACUAUAGCUCCUGACACGACAUUCACAAGUGCUACAACGGUUUCUGCCACAACGUCCGUCCCUGAUGUGUCAUCGUCAAUUCCAGUAUCCAGUGUGACAACAUCAGCACCUACAUUACCAAGAACACCAUCACUUCGACGACAAGAAUCGAUACAAAGACCGUCAGUGCGACGAACACGGACUUUACCUGAUGCUCCAGAGGAUUAUUCCACGGGGAGCUUCGAUGAAAGUGCCUACGAGGACGAGUACCAAAAGACUGAACUUGAUCAAGUAGAUCGCGACAGAUUAUCAUUGGACAGGUUUCGUGAUGACGAAUACGUGCGCGAUACCAUCCACGAAGAAGCCAAAGAAGAUGCAAAGGCAACCGAGGAGUCUACUAUACAAAAGACUGCCUCGCCUACAAAGACUGUUUCACAAGUCACUAGAAAACCUUCUGUUGACAGUUACCACAGUCAGACGCCUUCUAUACUUGAUCGAAAAACUUCACAAAGCUCUUUCCUUUCGCAACACGAAGAGAAAAGUACUGGAUCUACAACAUUAGAAGAUCAAAUGCAAGAUAAAUCAAAAGUAAGCUAUCAAGAUAAACAUCCAACUUUCCAUGAGGUACCUGAAGAUGAUGGAUUCCGAAGGCAUGAGUCGUUUGACCAGGACGUGGAAUACCCUGACGACCAGGAGCAAUACCCACAAGACAAAUUUCAAGAUCAAGAAAGGUUCGACGAAGCUGAUGAGCAGUAUGCUGAAGAUAGUGUUUUUAAUGAAGAAGAGCAAAGGCAUGAGCAGGAACAAAUGGAUUUCCAACCGGAACAGCCAAAGCUUACACCGAAACAGAGGUGGCAUCGGGCGUACAACAAGAUCGUCAUGCAGCUAAACCAAAUGGAGAAUUAA